UCAUGUUCCGCCGGCCGCGACUCAGCGUGAAGCCCAAUGUGCGAGCCGGGGGCGGCGGUCCCGCUCCCCUUCCUCCCCCUCCUCCUCCUCCUCCAUCCGAACCCGGCCGGGACCCCAAGGCCGCCACGGCCCGAGAGGAACAAGCUGAUGGCACGGGUGAUGCCGGAAAGGUCAAUAAACCCGUGCCCGCGGUUUUACCGAGAAGAAAGCGAAUAGCAACGACCCCUAAUCUUGCUAAACCUAGGGUCACCAUUCCUCCCGCUCCACGUCUUGGGACUUCAGGAUCAAAGCCUUCUCCGAGACAACCGACCCAUUCUCCGACGAGCCGUGGUCCUUCAGAGCAGAAGGAAUCCUCUCGGCCUGAGAAUGCUGCUGUUGAAAGCUCUCCAAAGUCUCCCAUUUUACCGGAAAAGAAAACUCCUGUCCCCCAGGUGCCUCAGUUCUCCCCUUGCAAAAAAUCUGCAAGCCAAGGGCCGAGCACCUGUACCGGCGUCCCCAAGGGGGAUGAGAUCCCCUCCAGGAACGUGCCCGAUAUUCUCAAAGACAGACCCGCCAAGGAGAACUGGACUCGAGAGGAAGCACCGCAGUCCAACCUCCCCGCAGCCCAAGAAAAACCGCCACCCUCAGACCGUUACAGGAUAUUUAAAGCCCAGAAACUGAGAGAAAUGCUAAGAGAGGAACUGAAGAAAGAGAGGAAGCAGUGGAAAAACAAAUGUCCUGUAAGCGAAAGCCGAAUGCCAGCUGAUCGUUCUAAAAUGACUAUGAGAGACUUCAUCUAUUACCUGCCAGACAGCAAUCCCAUGAAAUCUUCACUGGAACCGGAAAAGAAAGCUGAAAAGCCCUUGACAUCAGUUCAGGCUAAAGAACAAGAAGAAAAAUUGAUUGCUGAUGCUGAAGAGGAGGAUGAAGAGGCGGAGGAAGAGAAUGAGGAUGGUCCACUCUUGGUUCCUCGAGUAAAAGUAGCAGAAGAUGGUUCCAUUAUUUUGGAUGAGGAAAGUUUGACGGUAGAAGUUUUGAGGACAAAGGGCCCCUGUGUUGUUGAAGAAAAUGAUCCCAUCUUUGAACGUGGCUCUACAACUACCUAUUCUAGUUUCAGGAGGAGUUACUACUCCAAACCAUGGUCAAAUAAAGAAACGGACAUGUUCUUUUUAGCCAUCAGCAUGGUAGGAACGGACUUUUCCAUGAUUGGCCAGCUGUUUCCUCACAGAGCAAGGAUAGAAAUUAAGAACAAGUUUAAACGGGAGGAAAAAACAAAUGGAUGGAGAAUUGACAAAGCAUUUCAGGAAAAGCGCCCGUUUGACUUCAAUUUCUUCGCUCGCUUGCUUGAGAAGGUCCUUGCGGAAGAAGAAAGACGGAAACAAAAGACAGUUAAAAGUCAAAGCUCGAAAGAGAAAAAACCUUCCAAACCUCAGAAAAAACCCAAAGAAAAGGUUGUCAGUGCAGAAGUGGCUUCUGAGGCAGAUGGUUCACCGGGUGUUGGAAUUUUGAACACAGAAGGAACCGAAAAUGCCGAAACUGUUGAGAGAGAGAAUGAACAGUCUCUGGAUGUUUCAGGACAGGUAGAAGGACAGACGACAAUAGAACCAGCUGUAGCCAAGAAGAAGAGAAAAAGAAAGAAAAAUGUUGAUAGUGAUGAGCAGGAAAUGGAAAAUCUUUCAGCGGAGACCUGUGGCCCUUCAGGCCAUUCUACUGAGGAAAAAACCACUAAAAAGAAGAAAUGUCGUCCCGUGGAAGCAGCACUCUCUGGUUCAGAAGUCCCGGAUGAGAUUGCAUUGGAGGAGCAAGUUUCAUGUUCAGAUGUACCAUUGAAUGAAGAAGCGGAAAGUGAAACCAAUCUCGCCAGUUCAUCAAGCAGUCAGGAUAGUAGUGUCCCAUCAGUGACCGCCGAAUCUGCCGAGCCAGAUACUUCGUGUUUGUCCCCUUCAAAACCAUUGGCUGAGAUACUUAAAGAAACCGAAAGUAGUGAUAGCGGAGAAAGACAUCAGGAUACUGAAACUCAAGGGCUGGAAAAUGAAAAGACUAAUAUCCAUAAGCCAGCAGUGAGAGGCCGUCUUCAGAGACCUAAACCUAACUUGGUAAGAGCAACUGGGAAGAAAGCAAGACCCCUUCAAGACCAAGCUGAAGCAGAGAGCCAGAUUUCUUUUCCAGUACCUCCAGGGGAUAUUGAUAAGUGUCUUUUGGAAAAAGACGAGACUAGUACUCCUGGAAGUAUCGGAAAGGAGGUCUCAGAAAGAGAAAGCAAAGACGGCCCACCUGGGAGCAACACGUUGGAAAUUCCUGGAGAGAACAACCCAGAAAGAGAAGGCAAGGAGGUCGAAACGGAAUCUCAGGAAACAGAAAACGUUGAUUCUGAUAAACCAGGGGCUACGAGCUGUCCGCAGAAAGUCAUACCCCGUGCAGAAAAAGCCCUCGAGAAGAUGGAUGUCCCCCUCUCUGUUGUCGAAGAUGGCAAGAGUGUUCCAGCAGUAGUUGAAAAGAAUGCUGAUGAGCUUGGAAUUGCAGGAGAAGAAGCUACAAAAGAAAAUGAGAGAGACACAGAAACUGAAGCCCCGAUCAUUCAGGAAAACCGAAAAGCAGAUUCUGAAGAAGAAAAGAAGUUAGACACAGUCAAGCCGGCCCCCAUUGGAAGAAGCCGAUUCCAAAGACCAAAGCCAAAUUUAGGAAGAGCUACUGGGAGAAAAGAAAUGGUGGAAAGCAAGAUCAAGGCAAAAAAUGUAGAGCUGGACCAUAAUGCAAGCUUUCCCACUUCACCAAAACCUUCAUCAGAAAAAGAAGAGGAGAGUCUUUCAGGCUCUCAGUCGUCUGCAAAAGUCUGCUCAGCAGUUCUUGUCAAGAUAAGCUCUCCUCGAGAAAAGAGCGAGAGUUUGACAAAAUUGCCAACACCUGAAGCAUCAGCGGAAUGUGGUGGUCAGCCAGAACAGUCUUCAAGCCCUGCGCAAAGUUCUCCGGUUCAACCUCUAAGCUCCAGGGAGCAGUCCGGUUCACAAGAAGUCAAAAAGGCAAGUGCGGUCCAACCAGCACGGCUCCUGAGGGGUCGAAUGCAAAGGCCAAAGCCAAAUGUAGAAAGGGCUGUUAGCAGGCUAAAAGUGCCCACGAUGACCCAGGAGAAAACUGGAACUGGGGAAGAAGAGAAAUUAAUCCAGCAGGAGAACCAACCCACGAUUAUUCCCACCCUAGAUACUGUACUACAAAUUGAAGAAGAGCCUCCAUCAGAAAAAGCAGAUUGCCAGAUGGUUAGGCCGGAGCCUGAGAAAGAGGCCCUGUGUCCCCUGAGUAUCCAGAGUGACAGUGAGCUUAAGGCCUCAGGAACAAUCUCCAAUUGUGACGAAGUACCAGGUCAGAAGGAAGAUUUCAGCAAGGACACUGUUCUGGGAGAGCCUCCUCAGAAAUCUCCAAGCGUUCAAGACGGCAACAAACCAAGUAGCCUUAAACCAACAUUACCAGCAAGGAGCCGGUUUCCAAGGCCAAAACCAAAGAUAGGAAGAGCAACUGGCCGCAAAGAAAGUAGCACUCCAGAAAAGACGUUAGCAGAAGAGACGAGUGGAACUGAGACCGCUGAGAUUACUUUGAAGCAACGUGAUGAGGAAUGCAUUUCUGGUCCUUCUAUAGGUAGCAAACCAAGUUGUGAAGUCCCUCCAUCCAUGGAAGCGUCUGUGGAAACAAUUACAGCAAGCUCCGAGAAGGAACCUGGAGGUCCGACAAGAACGGAGUCUUUAGAGGAGCCGGCAGGCUCAGAGGGCUGUGAAGAAAUCAAGGGAACUCAAUCUGGAGAUGUUCUAGAGGAGGCUUCUGAUGCUCCUGAAAGUCCUAACAGCAAAUCCCUUCCUCUAAAAGAAACUCAGGCUAUAACUCAGCCAACAGCACUGGAGGAUGAUUGGUUCAAAAAACCAAAGCCAAACUUCAGAGAGGCAGCUGAAAAAAUGGUCCCUUCAGAAACAGAAGAACAUGGGCUUGGGGAGAAAAAGGAAACUGAAGAACCGGAGAAGAAUUUAAUUCAAAAGGCUGAUGAACCACAGGAUGCCCUCACUUCCAUUGCUGAUGCAACAAAAUGUUCCCUAAAGACACCUAGAACAGAUGAGACGAAUCUUGAUAAAAUAGAUAGUUGUGAAACCCAAAAGGAAGCUGUGCCUCAAGAGAACCAGCAAAAUAUGUUAGGUGGUGUUGCAGGGUCCAAUGUCCCCAACAAUUCCCAGGAAGACAGUAAGAUUGGUGCUCUCCCUCCCGCUCCCCAAGCAAGGGGCCAGCUUCUGUGCCCUCAGCCCACUGUCCAAAAACCAGAACAGACGGAAACUACCACAGCAGACAAAGAUGGUGUGGCGGAAAAGCCUGAGCAAGGUGGAGUCUCCCCGCAGAAGGAUGAAUGUGACCGCUUUCCCACAAUUGUGCCAGAGUCAAGAUGUGAAAGCCAAGCUGGGUCCUCUGCCAUUUCAGUCCCUAAGGUGUGUGAGAGCGAAAACCAGAAAGCGGUGGAAGGAAAUCUUCAGUUGGGCAGUAUCUCUAACGAGGUUGCAAAUGAGUCCUCCAAGGAAGUCUCAAAUGAAACAAUUCAAGAGGAGUGCAAACCUGAUGCUGGGAAACCAGCCCAGAUGAAGAGACGACGAUUCCAAAAAGUUAAGCCAAAUUUGAGGGUAGCUUGCCGGAAGAAAGAGGAGCCGGAAACCAAAAAGGAUGCCGUUGAGACGGGGGAGAAGGAAGUGAGAAAACCAGAAGAAAAUGUGGAACGAGAAGAUCCUGAUAUCCAGCUGUCCCUGAAAAAAUUACAGGAGAAAACCGAGCUUCUUACCUCCUUGGGGGUCUCAGCAAGAAAAGAUCCCAUAAGUUCCGGAGAGGCCCCCUCGCCCCCAAAAGAACCUCAUUCCUCAGACAAGAUGAUGGAAUGGACCCGUCAGGAAGAUCAAGAAGGUCCGUCCUUGACUGACGUUGUUGAAGAAAGGUUACCCAAAAGACCCAUGAGACAGAACAGCAGAUUCAUUCUUCAGGAAGAAAGUCAAAAGGGAGACUGUAGACCUGCCCCACUCCCGAGGGGCCGGCUGCAAAGGCCGAAGCCUAACCUCCAAAGAGCAACUCCGAGGAAUCGAGCUCCUUCCAGGGAAAUCUUGGGCGAGGCCGGGACCUCAGGCGGCGUUCAGGGUCCAAGUGGCAGCAGCGUGGGAAAACCAGACUUCGGACCAGCCGAUUCGGGUAAUCAAGUGGAGCUGGCAUCAACCUCACAAGCUGUAAAGGAAGUCAGUCCCGCACAUUCAAUGGAAACAACGUCCCGUAAAAGAAACAGGCCUGGGAACAUCCCUCCGUCCCCAGGGGCAGAGCGUGCUGACCGAGCAUCACUCAAAGGAGAAUCUCUGGCCUUCCCUCCAGAGGAGAAAGCCUCAUGGAAACGGACAAGAUAUGCCCAGCAGCCUAAAGAGCCACCUGGCCCUAAAACAGCUCUGGGUCAAAGGGCGGCCACCCCUUCGGCUUCAGAAUGCGAGUCCGAGCGCAGCGAAAAGAGGAGACCCCGUCCGAAAGUGAAACCGAAUGUCACAAAGCGGCGAGGGGCCAAACGUCCCCGCGGCAAGGCCUCCGGGAAGGAACCGAGAGGCUCCCGGGCGGUGUUGGUGACUCUCCGAGCUUCCCAGGAGCAGGGGGACGACGAGGCAGACGACACCGAGUCGGACUAUGAAAGUGAACGUUAUCACCUGUCCCCGGAAGAAGUGAACCAAGCUCCGGUGUUUGUUCCCAUUGGUCUCCGGUCUCCAAACCCAGUUCCUGCUCAGAUUGAAGAAACCAUGGAAGAGCUGGAAAUUUCCGUGAAUAUCCCAGAUGCACCACCUGAAGCUGAUGUUGAAUGUCAGCCGCUUAUUACAGAUGCGUCAUCUGUCAAAGCGAUGGAAGAUCAAAGUCAGAAUCCACCAUCACCUAAAACAACUGCACAUGAGGAUCCUGUUGAAGAAACAGGACUCAGCGAUGGGUGCGCUGAAGCUGCUAUGGCUCUUCUUACCAUCGGCGAUAGAGUGUUCCAGUCCCAGAUGAGCACCGAAGGAAUUCUUCAGAUUCUUCCUGAAUACAAUUUGGAGAAUGUGAGCUAUACUUCCAGUAGCCACGACAGUGCAACACAAAUCGUGGUUCCUAGACAUCAGGCACUUUGUCCCCCCAACUCAGAUCCAGCCCUUAUGGCUCUGGAAAGUACCUGGAAUAGUGCAAAGGAACAGCAGAACACUGAAGAAGAGCUGGAUUUAGCUGAGAAAGAAGAGGGAAAUGCUACAUCUUCCAGUUGUGCGUCUUCCAGUGCCACAUUGAGGCAUACGUUCUCUAAACUGAAACCCAACGUUAAUAGGCAGCCCGAAGCAAAUAGUUUGGUUCAUCAGAACGUUCCUAGUUUGACUGUAACCGUGGGGCCAUCAGUGGAAAGUCCAAGUGAACCAGAGGGGAAUGCCUCGAAAGGGACGGUACUUCAAGAAGUAGAUUUGAGACUGAGUGGUGAACCAGAGAGCAGGGUGCAGCCCCAUUUGGCAAAUCUUCCCAGUUUUGGAAUCCACCGUGAUGCUGAAGAAGACAAGCAAUCGGAAAGAACAGGAAAUGAAGAAAAGGAGUGCCAAAGGGUGCAAACUCCAGGAACAUCUCCAAAGGCAAGGUCCCAACCCCACAACCCAGACCAUAGUCCAAACCAGGGCCCUUCCAAGGAGCUCCCCAGGGAUUCCCAAACACAUGGACGUGACUUGUGUGAGGUCCAGUUGGCCCAGCAGGAAAAUGUUUCAGAAGCUUGUCAAGAGAAUGUAAUCAGUGCAGAUGAAACAACAGUGAAUCUGAUUGCCAGUGAGCAUUCCUAUGAGGAAAACGGCGAACAGACGUUUAUUUUAACCUUGGUGGAAAUCCCAACGGACUUGUCGGCUGCAGCUGCCUCCCUACCGCUAGCGUCAAACCCGGUGCUGCCGGUGCCCAUAUUGGUCAAUCCGGUUAACUCAGAAGUAGAAGGGAUAAUGGCAAACCAGAGGGAUGAGUUCCCAGCAGCUUCAGCUAGUGAAGGAGUUACGGAUUUAGCCCACGAUGGUGGAAACUGUAUUCCGGAGCAGUGUGGAAAAUCACCAACUGAUUUGGGCCUGACACCUAAGAAAAGGCUUGCUAGCAGCCUUAAUGAAGUCAACUGUGUCUCCCCGGCCAAGAAAGCCCUGGCUGCUUCAGCUGACGAUUGUCUGGAAAGCCGCCCCGAGGUUCUUUCAACAGAAUUGAAAGAUGUUCCAGCUCCAGCUCCAGGGGACGCUUGCGGAAAGCCGAGGACUCGUCAUCCGGAAACCUCACCGACCUCGGGAAGCAUGUGUGUUCCCGCGGGCCGCCCUCAGGCCCGGGCCGAGCAGCCGGCAGCUCUUCAGACCUUGGAAACUGGGCCUCUCGCCCCAGCGAGUCGCAGAGACGCGGAUCACGGCGUUCCUCAGCUGCCUCAAGAGGGAAAAGUGCCGCCUAACGAGGAAGGCACCGCUCGUAAAGCCGAAAAGACGGAGAGGACCCCCUCCUCCUCCAAAGCCCCGUUAACCAGGCCUGGUCGAAAGCCUCUGGGAUUUUUAUCUUUAAUAUGUAAGAAGAGUAACUCGGAACCUGAAGAAUCCACAUCUGUAACUAGUCAAAGGCUCAUAAAGCCCCGUAUACCUGUGGCAAGACACGCGAUAAAAAGAAACGCUUCAUCUAACGAGGACAAGAAAGGAAAUGAAGAGGCAGAGCCGCUUCCAUCUACAAGUACCGCUACCGAUGCUGCGCCUGAGGAUGCACGCAGUUCAGUGGCUCAGGUUCCCCGUGGCCAGGUGUCAGAAGAUGAAGCUUCCAGGAGCGAUAAAGAGUUGGAAAACGAGGACGAGCCGACCAGGGUAUCUGAGUAUUUCUUCAGUGAUAUAUUUAUGGAGGUGGAUGAUGCAGAGUGAAACAGAAGCUCCGUUGAACUUGAAGUUCCAAGCCUGAAUUGUCACCGCAAAGCAGUAUUGAUAUAGAAAAGGGUCCCUUGUCCGUGCUCAGGGUUUUUCUGGAUUUUCAAGGGUCUGAAGUUCAAAGAUUAUAAAGAAUCAUUGGAAAGCAGUGUUGCAUUUUGCCCAACUCUGGAAGAUUGGGGCAUUAUGAAAACGUCUGAAAUGAUUAAGAUGAAUGGAAGACCUGCGUGAUCCAACAGAAAUCAUACCUUGAGUUUACUUUGGUACCCUACUCCCUUCUGGAUUCCCAUCGCUGCCAAGGCGCUCCGUGAGUAAAUAAAUGGCAGUUCCUGAAUCACAGUGCUGAAGCAUCCGGAGGUCGAUUGUAUAUGCUAUUUAGUAAACUUCUUUUUGCGAAGUAACCCUGUAGCAGGGGGAUUUUAUAUUUAUCCCUGUAAAUAAACAGGCAGAACCUGAGACUUUGCUUCAGUGUAGUAAAUUCACAGCAUUUUCUUUUGAUGACUGUUUUCCAAAAUGGAUAUUUUUGUAUAAUGAAAGAAUCCACAUGGGUGGAAGGUGGAAGAGACUCUAAUUGAAAGCAAGUGUUUAACGCCGUUACGUUUGAAGACAUGAACCUUUACAGAAUAUAUUUAUUUUAAUUUAUUUAAAAAGGAUGCCGCUCUUUUUUUAAGCCGUUUCACCUGCCGCUCUUGGUGGCGAUGAAGACAUCAGAGCUAUGUUCUAGAGGUACCCAAACCUCCCUUCUCACCUUAAUUUUAGAACAAUUAAAAUCACGGCCAUGGACAACUGAAUGUGUUUGGGGCAUUUACUACUCUGAAGCUAGCUUAACUGGAAUAUUUCUUUCUCGUUUCUUAAAAUUUUUUGCCACUAUAUUGAAAAUAUUUUUUAACUUUUUUUAAUUCGAGGGUAAUGUUGGGAUUUGCACAAGAAAAGAAGAUAUUUUUAACUUCUCUGGUGAAUCAGGAAAGGUGUCUUUCAAUAGUAACAUAAGUCCCAUGUAAUAGGUAGGGUCUUGCUCGCAAAUAUACAGGAAGAGGGUAUUUUUGCUAGUUGAAGUGAAUACGUAAAUUUACAUUAGACAAAAGUAGAAUUUUCUCUGCACGUCAAACUACAAAAUUUGCAUUAUAAUUUCCUGAGUGCUGUGGAGAUUCAUAUGGAUAAUUCCCCUAAAAUCCAUCAAACCGUGUUCCGUAGUGGUUCUCGUAAAUGCCUGAAGAACGGUUGGUCUUCAUCCUAAUUUCUUUUGAAGAGGUUCCUUCAUUAUUAGUGCAUGGAACAGUAAGUUUUAAUUACCUUGACAAACUUCUCCCACCUUUGUUCAUUUCUUUGUACCUGAGUCAUGCCGAAAAGUAAAAUUGUGCUGAAUGCCAUCUGAAGUAAUUGGAAAGUCCAUUGGAAACAGCUUUGUAAAAUCAAAAUUAUACCACCUGCGAAGAUUUGCCGUCUUAAAUGGGAAGAGCAUUAGUAAAGAAACAAAAAAAAUGGGAACUAGAGAAUACUGGGAAUCAAUUACUCUUUGAUUACUGCCCCUGUGGCACCCACUCCCUUCUCAGAAAUGAAUCUCUUUUGUGUGUAAACCACAUGGUGUGGGAGAAAAAUUCUCAAGGUCAGUCAGAAAGCAAGUACGGGGCAGUAAGUUUACCUGAAAAAUCAUUCUUUAAUUCUCUUAGUAAACUAGACUGUUGAAUUUCUAGAUUGCAGCCUGAGGAGAAUGGGGAGCCUCAGUGGAAUCCUUUUUUUGGGAAAAAAAAAAUUUUAAUUAAUAAAUACCUAGGAUUAAAAAAAGGGCAUCAUCUUCUUGCUAUUUGUUGCAAGUUCUUUAGACAAAAUAUUUGUUUUGAUUUGAGAAUGAAACUAAGAUUAUUUUUCCCUUUCUGUAGUGUUUUCUAGUAUGAACAUUGUUUAAAAAAACCCUCACGCAGGCUAAUUUUAUUUUUAAAAGUCCGUUUUUACUAUGCAGUGUGUCAAAUCCAUUGUUAUACUUGAAAACCAAGUCAGCUAGUUAAGUGAUCCAACUAAUACUAAUCGUGGAGAAGAAAUGUAAACCAUUUCCUGCGCAUCGCUGUUUGCUAACAUGACAACAAAAUUGUAUAUAUUUAAAAUAUAAUGGAAAUAACACAGGCUACAAAAGCAAUUUGUAACUUGUAAAUCAGAGAUUUACACGAUCAGCAAAUAGUUUUAGGUGCCUCAUCUCUUUUAAGAAGUGCACGGAUUAGAGAAUUUUUACCUCAUUUUUCUCAGGGCCAACAUUAUGUUCUUUUAAAGGACUGGUUUCAGAAAGUAGAAGGGCAGUAUAUAUUCCCAGGGGUUAAGAGAACAAAAAAUCAAAAUGUCUAAUUGUGGGUGAAUGAUUAAAAAGAACAAGAAACAGCAUUUCAAACAGUACCCUCUGUUUGCAGACUUGCAAUUUGAAAGAAAAGUGACCGUUUAAGCUACGUUGCUUGAAUAUUCUUUAUCAGAGAAAUUCUGUAUUGUAAUAUUGCUUAUUUGUAUGCUUUCUUGUUUCAAAGAAAGCCAGUGUUAUAUACAUGUAAAUUAUGUGAAUAAUAAAUAAUUAUUGCUCUUG